GUGGCAUCACUGGUUCAGUGUGACUGCGAGAGUGUGUUCGUAUAUCGAAUUUUCUUUUUAAUUUCGUCUAGGCAAAUUGUCCAGCUGAAAAAAAAUAGUGUAAAAUAUUAUUUUGGAUUUUUAGGCAAAGGUAUUAUACAUUCUGUUGCUCGAAGUUGAUAUAAGCUGCCGUUUGAGAUUUUAGUAGCAAGAAUGCAAGAUCCUCAUAACCAGUAUUAUGGUGGUUAUCCUCAGCAGCCUGGAUUAAGUCAAGGUUACCCUUCUCAUCCCUAUCCACCACAACAAGGUUAUCCAGGCUUUGCUCCGCAAGCAGGUUUUAUUCCCCAGCCGGGGUAUCAGCCAUAUCCACCCCAUGAUCCAGGCCAACCUACCAUGGUUUCAGGAAAUUAUGGCGCAUAUGACCCUGAGGACCAAAAUGCAAAGGGUUUUGAUUUCACCGAUCAAUCAAUCAGGAGAGGAUUUAUCCGUAAAGUGUACUCUAUCCUAACGACGCAGCUUGCCAUAACUCUUGGCUUUAUAGUACUGUUCAUGUAUCACCGCCCUACAAAACUAUGGGUUCAACAGCAUCCAGAAAUGUUCUGGAUUGCUUUGGGUGUUAUGAUUGUAACUUUUAUAUCCAUGGCAUGUUGCGGCAGCGUACGUCGCAAGGCUCCAAUGAAUUUUAUAUUCUUGGCGCUAUUUACGUUCGCUCAAUCUUUUCUUCUUGGCGUUACAACAGCUAAAUUCAGCUCGCAAGAGGUGCUGCUAGCGGUUGGUAUUACGGCGGCGGUGUGUUUAGGAUUGACAUUGUUUGCAUUUCAAACCAAAUGGGACUUUACUGUUAUGGGUGGAGUGUUGUUUGUAGCCGUUAUUAUUCUGAUGCUAUUUGGGAUUAUUGCCAUUUUCUUCCCGGGAAAAACUAUCACAAUUGUUUAUGCCAGUCUUGGUGCUCUUUUGUUCAGUAUUUAUUUGGUCUACGACACUCAGCUCAUGAUGGGAGGCGAACAUAAGUACAGUAUCAGCCCAGAAGAGUACAUUUUUGCUGCUCUGAACCUUUACCUAGAUAUUAUUAACAUUUUCAUGUAUAUUCUCACCAUUAUUGGUGCCACUCGUGACUAAGUGAACCAUGCAUAAUUAAAGUCGAAGAAUUCCAGUUCAAAUCGUAUUUCUUAACGUAGGUUCUUUUUUGCGCUAAAAAUCAUGAUACUUAAUCAAAAAAUAAAUUCAAAAAAAGUUUGUUGAUCCAUUAAGCAUUGCUUUAUAAUUAAAAUACUACAUUUACUGUCAAAGAAUUAUUGUUAAUAAGGUAAAGUGUAUCACUACAUGUUAAAUACAGCUACACCAAACACCUGAGAAUUAUAAUAUAUGUAUUUAAAAACUUAAAAA